CACCGAGUCGGAGCUGCCUAGAGUGGCCGGAAGUGCUCAGUGGCGGCGGCAGUCGCGCUUUCAUGUGUUUAAGAUUAGCGUUUGUCCUGGGCUAUCGGAGUCACACCCCUACUUCCCCAGGCCGUGCAUCUCUCUGAGGUGAGUUCCUGGAGGGAUUCCUUCUGAAUCAAUCCCAGAUGAGGAUUAAGCAAUUUAUCAAAGCCCAGGAUGACUGCAGCCCUGGAAACUGAGGAACAAAAAGGACUAAUGAAAAUUAAGAUGGAGGAUCAUUGCUGGGGGCUGGACUCCAUGUCACAAAGGCACAGUCUUCAAAGGAGGGAACUCUUCAGGCAGCAAUUCAGGAAGCUCUGCUAUCAGGAUGCACCUGGACCCCGUGAAGCUCUGACCCAGCUGUGGGAGCUUUGCUGCCAGUGUCUGAGGCCAGAGUGCCACACCAAGGAGCAGAUUUUAGACCUGCUGGUGCUGGAACAGUUCCUGAGAAUUCUUCCUAAGGAUUUGCAAGCAUGGGUGUAGGCACACCAUCCAGAGACUGGAGAGGAGGCAGUGGUCAUGCUGGAGGAUUUGGAAAAAGAACUUGAUGAAUCCUGGAAGCAGGUUCCAGCCAAUUCAGAGAGGCAAGACAUACUCUUGGACAGGUUGGCCCCCCUGGGAAUGCCAAAUGGGUCACUGACUGUCCAGUUCCAUCACAAGACAACUUUUCUGGGACAGGCAUCUGGGGAUCUACAAAGAAAUGGUGAUAAAACCAUUACUACAAAAGAAGAGUUGUUCCAGACGAAAGAUAUGAUUAAAGAUGUGGAAUUCCUUGGGGAAUUAAAUAAUAGACUUAACGAAGAUUGUCCUCAGCAUUGUGAAUCCAAAGAUGCUAUUGAAAAUGAAGGCAGUUUAGAAUGGCAACACAGGAAAAGAAGACGAUAUAAGUGUGAAGAAUGUGAGAAAAGUUUCAGUCAUAGCUCAGACCUUAGUAAGCAUAGAAGAACUCACACUGGAGAGAAACCCUAUAAAUGUGAUGAGUGUGGCAAAGCCUUUAUUCAAUGUUCACAUCUUAUUGGACAUCACAGAGUACACAGUGGAGUGAAGCCCUAUAAAUGUAAAGAAUGUGGGAAAGAUUUCAGUGGACGCACAGGUCUUACUCAGCAUCAGAGAAUCCACACAGGUGAAAAACCAUAUGAGUGUGAUGAGUGUGGGAGGCCCUUCCGUGUAAGUUCAGCUCUUAUUAGACAUCAAAGAAUUCAUAUAGCACAUUCGCCCUACUAACAUGGUAGAAGUAAUAGGUACUCAGGCCUAAUUAUUAUUAUUAUUUUGUGAGGACUUAUUUAUUCUGAAAGAGUUAUGGUGCAGGAUGGAGGGAGUUAGAUAUAGAUAGAUAGGUAGAUAGAUAGAUCGAUCAAUCGAUCGAUCCAGAUGACUACAAUGGCCAGUCCUGGGCCAGGCUGAAGACAAGAGCUUCAUUUAUGUCUCUUAUGUGGGUGGCAGGAGCCCAAACACUUGGGCCAUCUUCUGCUUUUCCCAGGACAAUAACAGAGAGGUGGAUCAGAAAUGGAGUAGCUGGGACUCAAACAGCACCCCGUGGGCUGGUGCUGUGGUGCAGUGGUUUACACCAUCUGCAGUGCCGACAUCUCAUAUGGGAUUUCUCUCUUUUGCUGUAACUCUUUCAAAAAAAUAAUUUUUAAAAAUGUAUUUAUUUAUUCAAAAGAGUUACACUAAUGAGGAGAGAGAGAUCUUCUAUCUGAUGAUUCACUCCCCAGUUGGCUGCAACGGCCAGAGCUGUGCCGAUCCGAAGCCAGGAGCUUCUUCUGGAUCUCCCACAUGGGUGCUGGGGCCCAAGGACUUGGGCCAUCUUCUACAGCUUUCCCAGGUCACAGCAGAAAGCUGGAUCGGAAAUGGACAUCUGGGUCUUGAACCGGCGCCUAUAUGGGAUGCUGGUGCUCCAGGCCAGGGCAUUAACUCUCUGCGCCAUAGUGCUGGCCCCUCAAAUAAAUUUUAACAAAUCUAAAAACCAACUUUUUUUUUUUUUUUUUUGAUAGGCAGAGUGGACAGUGAGAGAGAGAGAGACAGAAAGAAAGGUCUUCCUUUGCCGUUGGUUCACCCUCCAAUGGCCGCCACGCACCGUGCUGAUCUGAUGGCAGGAGCCAGGUGCUUCUCCUGGUCUCCCAUGGGGUGCAGGGCCCAAGCACUUGGGCCAUCCUCCACUGCACUCCCAGGCCACAGCAGAGAGCUGGCCUGGAAGAGGGGCAACCAGGACAGAAUCCGGCGCCGUGACCGGGACUAGAACCCGGUGUGGCGGCGCCGCAAGGCGGAGGAUUAGCCUAGUGAGCCGCGGCGCCGGCUAAAAACCAACUUCUUAUGAGAUACAGGCAUCACAGGCAGCGGCUUUACUCAUUAUGCCACAACACUGGCUCCAGGGCCAAUUGCUUAUCAGAGAAUUUACCUAGAGGCCUUAUUGGUUUGCUGAAUGUAAGCAGAGCUUCAGUUGUGAAAAACUUCUCUGGCCCUUGAGACUCUUAAGGGAAAUAGCCUUUUAUUUCUAAAUUACUUUAGAGUUUGGGAAGAAUCAAGAAGGCUUUCAAGGCUUUCAAAGCCUUUCCACUGCACUACUCACUUGUAGUCCAAGAUCCAUAUUUCCUGGUUGAAAGUAUACCUCUCUUUUCUCUAGUUCCUAUUCAGUGUAUGACUUCAGGAAGGAAAUUAAUUUUGCCUUCAUUCUUCCUGUACAGUGUAGGUGAUAAUGGAGGCCAUAAGCAGGUGUGUUUUGACAGGUUAAAAUAGAUUAAAACUGCUUUUGAAAUUAACUAAAAGAAUAUUAAUUAUUUUGCUCCAUCAUUAUCUGUAUAACUGCUUAAAUACUUAUAUCUUUUUUUUGAGUCUUUGAGUAGCCUGGGUGUGAUCUUUGUUAGUGGUAAAAAUGAAGUCAUCAGAAAAGACACAGAUUGAAGAAAACAAAGUGGAAGUGAAAUCAGUAACCAAUCACUAUCAGUAAGUGCUGCUGUGAAGGGGUAUACUAGAGUGUGUUAGGUACCUAUAACUUAGGAUAAAACACUUCUUCUGGUUCUCAGGCCUUCAUAAACUGAAAGAGAUGAGAGAUGUUGGCAUGUAUCUAUGCUGGCCAAUAUUGUAGUCUGUAUCAACAUGUGGCUAUAUAAAUUCUUCUUAAAUAAAAAAUUUCCUUCCUCAGUGACAUUAGCCGUAUUUCUUUCUCUCUCUCUUUUAAAAGAUUUAUUUAUUUGAAAGGCAGGGUUACAGAGAGAGAUCUUCCAACCACUAGUUCACUCCCCAAAUGGCUACAAUAGCUGGGGCUGGACCAGGCCAAAGCCAGGAGCCUGAAAUUCCAUCCAGGUUUCCCACAUGGGUGUGGAAAAUCCAAAUCUUAAAUGUUGCAAAAUCAAAUGUUUUGAGUUCCAACAUGAUGUUGUUAGUGAAAAGUUUCAUACCUAAUUACUGUGUCAGGUUGCAGUAAAAAUGCAGGUGUAUACUUUCAGUAACCUAAGUGAAAAAAAGCACGCCCUCUCAGCCCCGUUAGCUGUGACUUACAAACCUUGUUUCUAUGCAAAAUUAUUUAAAAUAUUGUGUAGAGUUACUUCUGGACAGUGUGCAUAAGGUAUAAAACAUUGAUGAAUUUCCUGUUUAGAGUUGAGUCCAAUCCCCAGAUUGCAUUAUGUAUAUGCAAAUAUUCCACAAUUAAAAAAACACAUUAAAUCUGAAUACUUCUGGCCUCAAGCUUGUUGAAUACAGAAUAUUCAAUCUGAGUAGCUGCUAUAUUCAAUGCAUGGAUACAGACCAAUUUUCUCAUUGCAGAAAGUUCUAGAGGAUAUUGAUAGCUAAAUCAGCCACUAAUGAGAUCUCUUCCUGCCUUACUGUGUGAAAGACACCAAGGAGGCUGCAAUAACAACCAAAGAAAUUGAUUUGACCUGUGGAGAAGGGCCCCUGCAUCUUCUUGGGCUAGUUAACUUAAUGACACUUUGCAGCCUUGUGAAAAGGGGUGUAUUAUAACUGGAGGAAGAGGAUUGUUAAAGUAAACAUAAUCUAAUCUAAAUGGAAUUAGAUGAUUUUUUAAAAAUUUAUUUCUUUAUUUGAAAGUCAGAGUUACACAGAGAGAGGAGAGACAGAGAGAGAGAGAGAGAGAGAGAGAGAGAGAGAGAGAGAGGUCUUCCAUCCUAUGGUUCACUCCCCAAUUGGCCGCAAUGGCCGGAACUGUGACGAUCUGAAGCCAGGAGCCAAGAGGUUCUUCCAGGUCUCCCACAUGGGUGCAAGAGCCCAAGGACUUGGGCCAUCUUCCACUGCUUUCCCAGGCCAUAGCAGAGAGCUGGAUCAGAAGUGGAGCAGCCGGGAUUAGAAUCGGUGCCAAAAUGGGAUGCUGGCACUUCAGGCCAGGGCGUUAACCUGUGCCACAGCCCCUGGAAUUAGAUUUAGAUCAAAUUACCACUCACCUGUGUGCAAAGUAUGUGAUUACCUUACAAAAUAUGUAUCAGAUAACCUAAACUAAUGAGGAACUAGGAUUCUUGGAACACAAAUAUUCUAUAUGGUGUACAUUCCAAUUUUUUUUCUUUUGACUUUUGAAUGCAUUACCAUUUCAUGGAUGGAUUUCUAUACAUGAAGGUUGUAUACCUUAAAUAAAAUUUUUAAAAAAUUG